AUGGCAACUGGGCCGGCUUCCAGGCUGCUCGCAUAUGUCUUUUGGCAGAUGCGCAACAAUGGAUUGACUGGAACUAUAACGCGUUACUACGAUUUGCCGGGCUUUGCUCCAGUGCAGGAUGCUUACUUCUUUGUUCAGACAUCAACACAACGACUAUGCGUCAUUUUCAAGGACACCCUCAGAGUCUUGGGGCAGAAACCCAACCGCCACCUCCUGGACCACCCAGCUCAUCCAGCAGUUGUCCUCGAGCGGCAAUUCCAGCAAGUAGUGCUGUUGAACAGGUGCGGUGAGGAGAAGCCCAUCUUCGAGACCCGAUUUGAUCCCGAUUCAAACAACUUGGCGACCAUUCUGCAAGGGCCUAAGCUGGUCGAACGGGAGGUUUGA